CAGAACUUUCCGUCAAUAGCUCCCCUAAUAAAUCUCCCACACAAACCCUCACUCUCAUUUCACUUGAAUACUCUUUUACUCACAAACGCCGUCACUCACCUCGAUAUUUGCGACAUUUAAUCGGAGAUCUCGAUGGCAGAUCACGCCGGAGAAGUGGAGCCCAAGGCUGAAUCGCUGAUUGAGAAGAUCACUGAGAAGUUGCACGGUGACGAUUCCUCGGAUUCUGAUGAUGAGAAGAAGAAGAGUAGCGAGAAGGAGUCAACAGUCGAGGCCGUGAAGAACAAGGUGUAUCGGAUUCUUGGGAGAGAGAAGCCUAUUCAUAAGGUCCUUGGUGGCGGCAAACCUGCUGAUAUCUUCCUCUGGAGAAACAAGAAGAUUUCUGCUGGGGUGCUUGGUUUUGCCACUGCUAUUUGGGUGUUUUUUGAAUUGCUGGAGUAUCAUUUGCUAACAUUAGUAUGCCAUGUCCUUAUACUGGCUUUGGCAGUCCUCUUCCUUUGGUCAAAUGCAUCCACCUUUAUCAACAAGUCUCCCCCCAAAUUUCCAGAAGCUAUUCUUCCUGAAGAUCUUGUCUUGGGUGUAGCAGGUGCCCUUAGAAUUGAAGUCAACAGAGCUCUUGCAAUAUUCCGUGACAUUGCGGCAGGGAAAGACUUGAAGAAGUUUCUUGCAGUGAUUGCUGGUUUAUGGUUCUUUUCGAUUCUCGGGAGUUACUGGAAUUUCUUGACCUUGUUCUACAUAUCUUUUGUGUUGCUGCAUACUAUUCCUCUGCUUUAUGAGAAGUACGAAGACAAGGUUGAUGCUUUCGCUGAAAAGGCAGAAGCUGAGAUUAAGAAGCAGUAUGCUGUAUUCAAUGUGAAGGUUUUAAGCAAGAUUCCUCGAGGGCCAUUGAAAGACAAAAAGUUCUUGUAGAGAGGCAGACAAGGUCUCUAGUUUUUCAUUGAUAAGUGGUGUAGCUAUAUGACUGAAGCUGUUGCUCACUUUUUUCAUCAGCUGGGACCCUUGUUUUUAGUAGUUAUUAUUCGAAGGUAGUACGUCUGGGUUCCAUAUUUUACAACAUGAUUAUUGUGUUUUAUGAGGUGGUUAAGUUUUGGGUAUCAGUUUAUCACUAAACAUUCCUCAGGCGUGUUAGUUUAGAUUGAUUUGAUUUUGAUGUGCUAGCUUAUUCAUUAUCGACCCAUCAAUAUUUUAUAUGUUUUGUAAUAGUUACGAUUUGAGUAUGGAAAAGAAAGGGUUCCUUUAAUUA